AUGAAAGGCGAUCCCGAGUUCGUCAUCCUAAAGUACCAAUCGUGGCUGGACACAGAAAAGUUCGAAAAGCAAGUCGUCGGCGCCUUCGUGAAACACUACCUCAACCCCGGAUGGGAGUACUGCCCCGUCCAAGAAGCACAAUGGAACAAACUCAACUUCACUGAAGGAUGCCUCACCGACUUCGACCUCACCAACAGCAAGGGCGACGGCGUCUCGGCCACCGCCUCGCUCGGGUCCGUCGCAGGGUUCAACAUCAACGCCGAUAACGAGGACAAGGUGCAUCUAGAGGGAAAAUUCAUCCGGUUCAAGCGGUUGCUGCAGCACGACCAGUUCUUCGAAGAGCGCAAAGCCGACCCGGCAGUUGCGAAGACGGUUCCCAAGUGGAUGAAGUGGCCGUAUCUUAAACCUGUGUGGGUGGUGGUGGGCAUCAUGACGUGCGAAGAUGUUACGAUUAACUUUGAAAAUAAGCAAGAAUUGCAGAUUGAUGGGCACGUUGAGGUCCCGAUUGGAGAAAUUACUGUGGCGGGAAUGCCACUUGGGGAUGUCGCGAAUCCAAAGGUCGGCGCGGGAACGCACAAGAAGAAGGCGACGGUCUUCAAGGCCAAGUCUGGUAGGAACCAGAUCUUUGCGCUGGAACUGAGAAGGGUGACGACGUCCAAGUUUAGGUCGCAGGUGCUGAAGUUGGGCGAUUCGGGACCGGAUGUCCAGGAUGGGAGAUUAGCUGCUGAUGAUUCGGAUUCAGAUGAUGAGGCGCUUCAGGAGCUUAAGAAGCCUGUUGCGGUGGAGGAACUCAUUCUUGAGUAG